CAGACCGUGUCUUUGUGUCUCCGUCAGUUUGUCAGCAUGAUCCGUGCGUUGCUGAUGUGUUUCGCACUCUGCGUGGUCUCUGGCAGCAGUAAACCUACGGAGAGUAAGAGUCGUGUUCGUGAUGAAGAACCUCUCAGCCACAUCGAACACGACGACAGCAAGAACUACGACUACGACCACGAAGCUUUUCUGGGAGAAAAUGAGGCCAAAGCCUUCGACCAGCUGACCCCAGAAGAGAGCAAACAGAGGCUUGCCAUCAUCGUGGAUAAAAUCGACAGUAACAAAGACGGUUUUAUCACCGAAGAGGAGCUAAAGGUUUGGAUCAAAAGGGCUCAGAAGAAACAUAUUUACGACAGCGUGGAGCAUCAGUGGAAAGACUUCGAUAUGAACAACGACGGCAAGAUCAGCUGGGACGAGUAUAAGAACGUCACGUACGGGAGUUAUCUGGAGGACCCUCAGAUGGACACGGAGUAUAACUACAGUCACAUGAUGUCGAGGGACGAGAGACGUUUCACAGUCGCAGACACAAACGGAGAUCUGAUUGCAGACAAGAAAGAGUUCACCGCGUUUCUUCAUCCUGAAGAUCACGAACACAUGAAGGACAUUGUGGUGCAGGAGACGAUGGAGGACAUCGAUAAGAACGGAGACGGUUUCAUCGACCUGAUGGAGUACAUCGGCGACAUGUACACGUCAGAGGACGGAGAGGACGAACCGGAGUGGGUGGCCACCGAGCGUCAGCAGUUUUCUGAGUUCAGAGACAAAAACAACGAUGGGAAGAUGGACAAAGAAGAAACUCUGGACUGGAUUCUCCCUUCUGACUACGACCACGCUGAAGCUGAAGCCAAGCACCUUGUGCACGAGUCCGAUGCCAAUCAGGAUGGAAAACUCACCAAAAAUGAAAUCCUGGACAAAUACGACGUGUUUGUUGGGAGUCAGGUGACGGACUUUGGGGAGGCUUUACUACGACACGACGAGUUCUAGAGGCAGACAAGAUUUUUAAAUAUGAAACAUGAUUUUAUUUGUGUUUUUGUAGAAUAAUUUAUUUUGUAAACCCACAGAAAAGCUUUUAAUAACUUUGUGCAUUUACAUUUGGAGUUCUUGAAUUAAAACGGGUCAGUUUGAUCUUUUUAUAAUAUUUCCAUUUUUAGGACAUUAUCCUCUUACCGUGUGGCCGGCAGGCCCACCAGGAGUUUUAUUUUGCUGUGUGUUGUGUACAAUCCACCAUGCUGGAUGUGGUACCCAUGCCAUACCUCUUUAGAAAGCUUAGAAUCUCAUCCAUUUAGAUUUUGAGAUCAUAAUAUAAGGUACA